AAGAAGACUGAUGCAAGAGAAAUUCAGUCAUAUUAUCAGCAAUACUACGAACAAUAUGUCAGAACUCUGGAUCAGAAGGAGCAAGCAGACAGAGCCCAAAUCAGCAAAGCUUACCAGACUGCUGGGGUUCUAUAUGAAGUGCUCUGUGCGGUUAAUAAGACUGAGAAGGUCGAAGAAGUUGCUCCUGAGAUUAUUGCAGCAGCAAGAGAUGUCCAGGAGAAGACGGAGAUUUAUACGCCUUAUAAUAUUCUUCCUCUGGAUGCUGCUGGGGCUUCCUUGCCAAUAAUGCAAUUUGAAGAGAUCAAGGCUGCUGUCUCUGCACUUUGGAACACUCGUGGCUUGAACUGGCCUAAUCCAUCUGGGCCACAGAGGCAGAAAACUGAAGAUUUAGACUUGCUUGAUUGGCUUAAAGCUAUAUUUGGUUUUCAAAGGGAUAAUGUCAGGAAUCAGAGGGAGCAUCUGAUUUUGCUUCUUGCUAACUCUCAUAUAAGGCUACAUCCUCAACCCGAGCCUUUCAACCUGCUGGAUGAUCGUGCUAUAGAUUCAGUGAUGAAAAACCUUUUUAAGAAUUACAAGAUGUGGUGCAAAUUCCUAGGACGAAAACACAGCUUACGACUUCCUCAAGGUCAGCAAGAGACACAGCAGCGAAAGUUGCUUUAUAUGGGGUUGUAUCUUCUUAUCUGGGGUGAAGCAUCCAACGUUCGCUUCAUGCCUGAGUGUCUGUGCUACAUAUUCCACAACAUGGCAUAUGAACUCCACGGUUUAUUGGCUGGAAAUGUCAGCAUUGUUACUGGUGAGAAUAUCAAGCCUUCCUAUGGUAGUGAUGACGAGGCAUUCCUGUGCAAGAUUAUAACUCCUUUGUACCGAGUAAUUGAAAGGGAAGCCAAGAAGAGUCGACAUGGAAAGGCUCCACACUCAGCAUGGUGCAACUACGAUGAUCUAAAUGAGUAUUUCUGGACAUCUGAUUGCUUUUCUCUUGGAUGGCCCAUGCGUGAUGAUGGUGAAUUCUUCAAAUCAACUAGUGAUUUGUCACAGGGAAGAAAGGGUGCUCCAAGAAAUUUUGAAAAAACUGUCAAAUCAAAUUUUGUUGAGACACGAUCAUUCUGGCACCUCUUCCGCAGCUUUGAUCGUCUGUGGACAUUUUUUAUACUGGGUUUGCAGGUGAUGCUCAUUAUUGCUUGGGAAGGGAUUACACUAACCAAUAUAUUUCAGAGGGAAGUUUUAUAUUAUCUCUCAAGCAUAUUCAUCACAGCAUCCAUUCUGCGCUUGCUUCAAAGUAUCUUGGACCUGAUCCUGAACUUUCCAGGCUAUCAUCGAUGGAAAUUUGUUGAUGUGCUAAGAAAUAUUCUUAAAGUCAUCGUCACUCUUUUUUGGGUUAUCAUUCUCCCACUCUUCUACGUUAAUUCCUUCAAGGAGGCACCUGGGGGCCUGAAGCAGUUUCUUCCCUUUUUCACUCAAAUAAAAGGCAUUCCACCACUUUACAUAAUGGCUGUUAUAUUAUAUUUGCUUCCAAAUUUACUUGCAGCUAUUCUGUUUCUUUUCCCAAUGUUAAGGCGUUGGAUUGAAAACUCAGACUGGCACAUAGUUAGAUUUGUCUUGUGGUGGUCUCAGCCAAGCAUCUAUGUUGGAAGAGGAAUGCAUGAAAGUCAAUUUACUCUUCUGAAGUACACUAUAUUCUGGUUGUUGCUUUUGACUUGCAAAUUUUUAUUCAGUUUUUUUGUCCAGAUUAAACCUCUAGUUAGACCAACAAGGGACAUAAUGAGCAUUCGGCGUGUCGAUUUUGAAUGGCAUGAAUUUUUUCCCACCGCUCGAAAUAACUAUGGUGCAGUAAUCGCACUCUGGGCUCCUGUAAUUUUGGUUUAUUUCAUGGACACUCAAAUCUGGUAUGCAAUCUUCUCAACUUUGUACGGAGGUGCUGUUGGAGCCUUUGAUCGUCUAGGAGAGAUACACACCUUGGUCAUGCUAAGGUCCCGGUUUCUUUCAAUGCCUGGUGCAUUCAACACAUGCUUGGUUCCUUCUGAUAUUAAGCGAAAAGAGAGAUUCUCUUUCUCAAAGAAAUUCGCUGAGAUUUCUGCAAACAAAAGGACCGAAGCUGCCAAAUUUGCCCAAAUAUGGAAUGAGAUUAUUUGUUGUUUCCGUGAGGAAGAUCUCAUAAGUGAUAGGGAGAUGGAUCUUUUGCUAGUUCCCUACUCAUUGGGUCAUUGUCUGAAAAUAAUUCAGUGGCCGCCAUUUUUGCUUACAGGGAAGAUUGCUGUGGCACUGGAUAUUGCAACUCAGUUUCGAGGGAGGGACUCUGACCUUUGGAAGCGCAUAUGUGCAGAUGAAUAUAUGAAAUGUUCUGUGAUUGAAUGCUACGAAUCCUUUAAACAUUUUUUACAGGAUUUGGUGAUAGGGGAAACUGAAAAAAGAAUAAUUUCCAUCAUCAUUAAAGAAGUCGAGAGCAACAUCUCAAAGAAUACUCUUCUUACAAAUUUCCGUAUGGUCUAUUUACCUUCCCUUUGUAAGAAGUACGUGGAACUUGUGGAAUUUUUGAAAAAUGGAGAUCCAUCCCAGCAGGGUACUGUGGUGGUCUUGCUGCAAGACAUGUUAGAAGUGGUUACCGACAUGAUGGUGAAUGAAAUCAGCGAAUUGGCAGAACUUAAUCAAAUUAGCAAGGACACUGGACAACAAAUUUUUGCUGGUACAGAGGGAAACCCCGCUAUACGUUUCCCGCCUGUUGUUACAGCGCAAUGGGAGGAACAGAUAAGACGUCUUUAUCUACUCUUGACUGUGAAAGAAUCUGCUGUUGAUGUUCCAAUAAACACCGAAGUACGAAGAAGGGUUGCAUUCUUUAGCAAUUCAUUGUUCAUGGAUAUGCCACGUGCUCCUCGAGUACGUAAAAUGCUCUCAUUCAGUGUCCUAACUCCAUACUACAGUGAAGAGACUGUAUAUUCUAAGAAUGACAUUGAGUUUGAGAAUGAAGAUGGCGUGUCAAUCAUAUAUUACCUUCAGAAGAUAUUCCCUGACGAAUGGAAUAACUUCUUGGAGCGACUUGAUUGUAAGAAAGAUAGCGAGGUAUGGGAGAAAGAUGAGAAUAUAUUACAGCUACGUCACUGGGCCUCAUUAAGAGGACAAACUCUUUGUAGGACAGUUAGGGGAAUGAUGUACUACAGGCGGGCAAUAAAGCUCCAGGCAUUUCUUGAUAUGGCUUCUGAAAAAGAGAUACUCGACGGCUAUAAAGCUAUUGAUGUUCCAUCUGCGGAAGGAAAAGAGAGUCAUAGAUCCUUAUAUGACAAUUUAGAGGCUAUGGCUGACAUGAAAUUCACAUACAUUGCUACAUGUCAGAACUAUGGGAAUCAGAAGCGUAGUGGAGAUCGCCGUGCAACUGAUAUCCUGAAUCUGAUGGUUAACAAUCCCUCACUGCGUGUUGCAUAUAUUGAUGAACAUGAAGAAAGAGAAGAUGGACAAGUGCAUAAAGUUUAUUAUUCUGUAUUGGUCAAAGCUGUGGACAAUCUUGACCAAGAAAUAUAUCGAAUAAAGCUUCCAGGAGCGGCAAAGUUAGGAGAAGGAAAGCCAGAAAACCAAAACCAUGCUAUCAUUUUUACUAGAGGGGAAGCUCUUCAGACUAUCGACAUGAACCAGGAUAAUUACUUAGAAGAAGCUCUGAAAAUGCGUAACCUUUUGGAAGAAUUUAACGAGGAUCAUGGAUUGCGCGCACCCACCAUAUUAGGUGUUCGUGAGCAUAUUUUCACUGGAAGUGUCUCUUCCUUGGCCUGGUUUAUGUCAAAUCAAGAAACUAGCUUUGUCACAAUUGGCCAAAGAGUUCUUGCUAGAACGCUAAAGAUUCGUUUCCACUAUGGGCAUCCGGAUGUUUUUGAUAGAAUUUUCCAUUUUACUCGUGGAGGAUUCAGCAAGGCUUCUUGUGGCAUCAACCUAAGCGAGGAUAUAUUUGCUGGUAACAUUGAUGAUUCAUUGUUUUUUGGCAGUGAUUUGAUAUUUCUACCUCUGCAUCAAGCCUUUUCCUAUACAGGAUUCAACUCAACACUAAGACGUGGAAAUGUUACUCAUCAUGAAUACAUCCAAGUUGGAAAGGGUAGAGAUGUAGGGCUCAAUCAAAUCUCUCUUUUUGAAGCAAAAGUGGCAUGUGGUAAUGGAGAGCAGACACUAAGCAGGGAUAUCUACCGACUGGGGCAUCGAUUUGACUUUUUCCGAAUGCUAUCAUUUUAUUUUACAACUAUUGGAUUUUAUUUCAGCUCAAUGAUAGUGUCCCUCACGGUUUAUGCUUUCCUGUAUGGCAAAUUUUACCUGUCAGUGAGUGGACUUGAGGCUGCUAUAGUUAAGUUAGCCAGGAAGAAGGGAGAUGAUCCAUUAAAGGCAGCAAUGGCUUCCCAGUCCCUUGUUCAAAUUGGUAUUCUGAUGACUCUUCCCAUGGUCAUGGAAAUUGGACUUGAGAGAGGAUUCAGAACUGCUCUAAGUGAGAUCAUAAUAAUGCAGCUGCAGCUAGCACCCGUUUUCUUCACUUUUUCACUAGGGACUAAGAUGCACUACUUUGGGCGCACUCUCUUGCAUGGUGGGGCAAAGUACAGAGCAACUGGGCGUGGUUUUGUUGUUCGUCAUGAAAGGUUUGCGGAAAAUUAUAGGAUGUAUUCCAGGAGUCACUUUGUAAAAGGGAUGGAGCUAGCUAUGCUGCUUAUAUGUUAUAAGCUUUAUGGAGCAGCAGCUCCUGAUUCAGUAUCAUAUGGCCUUCUCUCAUUAUCGAUGUGGUUUUUAGUGUGUUCGUGGUUGUUCAGUCCAUUCCUUUUUAAUCCAUCAGGAUUUGAGUGGCAGAAGAUAGUUGAGGAUUGGGAUGAUUGGACAAAAUGGAUAAAUAGUCAGGGUGGUAUUGGUGUUCCUGCAAACAAGAGCUGGGAAUCGUGGUGGAAUGAGGAACAGGAGCAUCUGCUGCACACUGGGCUCUGGGGGAAAAUUUGUGAGGUCAUUCUUGCCCUGCGUUUCUUUAUCUAUCAGUAUGGGAUUGUAUAUCAUCUUCAUGUGGCAAGAUCUGAUAAGAGCAUCACGGUUUAUGGUCUGUCCUGGCUAGUGGUAGUAGUUGCCAUAAUCAUCUUGAAGAUAAUAUCCUUGGGUAGAAAGACGUUCAGUGCAGAUUUCCAACUGAUGUUUCGUCUCCUCAAAUUGUUUCUGUUUAUUGGAAUUGUUGUCAUUCUCGUCUUGAUGUUUGCCCUACUGAAUCUCACAGUUAGUGACAUCUUUGUGAGCCUCCUAGCCUUUAUGCCGACAGGUUGGGCAUUUAUACAGAUAGGUCAAGCAUGCAAGCCCUUGGUGAAGGCAAUUAGAAUGUGGGGGUCUAUAAAAGCGUUAUCAAAAGGAUAUGAAUACGUCAUGGGAGUGAUUAUCUUUGCACCAGUGGCCAUAUUGGCUUGGUUCCCAUUUGUUUCAGAAUUUCAAACUCGACUGCUAUACAAUCAAGCUUUCAGCCGAGGGCUUCAAAUCCAGCGCAUUCUGGCUGGUGGUAAGAAGAAUAAAUAAGACAACUAAAUCCUUUUCAGUCAUCUUGUUACAGAGUCUAGACGGAAGAUGAGAUGAAUAUUGCUGCAUACAAAAAAAAAAAUCAGCAAUUAUGAUGGAGACUGUACAUAAGAACAAUUCUUCGAUAUAGUGUUGGAUAAUUACAUGAAUUCUGAAGAGCAUUGAGUUGGAUCUUAUAACGAAACAGAUUAAACUCCAAGAUUACUGGUUAGGGUCUUAGAGAAGCAAGCAGUGGCAUGUUUGGUCCAUGAGUCACAGGCAGGGGUCCCCACUGUGUGAAAGGAAGCUAGUCAAUUAAUUCUUGAGUACUACCACGUGACACGUUAUUCUGGCUGUUUUGGAAACUGAAAACAGCGGUAGUUACACAUAUGUAUGUCACAUUUGGCUGAGACCAUGUAGGCAAUAGUGAAAAUUUUAGAAUAACUCUGACGGAAGGAAUAACUGGUAUAUGGUUCGGCUCCAUGUCAGAUUUUACUGUCUUAGUUUCAGAAAUGGAUAUUAGGCAAUGGUAAAAUUUUUAGGAUGUUAUUUUACGAUUAUGUAACUUUUUCCCUAAUAGGUGAAAUAAACCAAAAUUCUGCGCUUCA